CAUCGCUGUUGUUUAACCCCAAUUAGCCAUCCAAGUCUUUUGUCUUUAUAACCCAAUCCCAUCAAAAUUUGAAACUAAAAAUUAAUUUAAAAAAAAAUGGUAGAUCCAACCUCCGAUUUGCUACCCCAACCCUCAUCCCCCACCAUCUCCUCCGUUUCCUCCUCCGAUCUUGACACUGAGUCGACAGGUUCCUUUUUCCAUGAUAGAAGCACCUCAUUGGGUACUUUAAUGGGAGUCAGUUUUCCAGCUAUUACUUUUCGAGCUCCUUCCCAACACCAUGGCCAGAUGCAACCCACAAACACCGGUUCAUCUUCGACGGGGUCUAAACCCAAGAAGAGGAGGGCGCUGACAACUCCCGCGUUCGGGGCGGAGCGACUACAGAGGCGGCGGAGCAAGUGGUGGCAGCUAUGCGGGGACGGGGACGGGAAUGCUAAGCCGGCUUCCCUUGGAGAGUUUCUGGAGGUGGAGAGGAGGUUUGGGGACGGGGCGUUUUACGGUGCGGCGGCGGAGCUUGAGGGGGUGAUGGGAACGCCGCAUGAUGAGCAUUUGGAGGCGAGGAAUGGACGAAUGUUGUUUGCUGAUGGGAGGGUGCUGCCUCCUCCUUCUGCAGGUUGUGAUGAUGAUGAAGGGAAAUCAAGGGCUGGCGCUCUUUGUAGAUUCCCGGUGUCGCUCGCUGGGAUCUGUAGCGGUGGCGUUGGAUAAUAUUUUUCUAGCGUGCAAAUACAAUCUGUUCAAAGAAAAACAUUAAUCUGGCUUCCGGGGUUAACUUCUUAAAUCUUCUUUAGUAAUUAUUUCCUUCUCUACACAGCAAUAUAA